CACCAUCGGACCAUUUCCCUUCGCCUCUUCUGCUCGCUGUUUUCGUCGCCAUCGUCCAUACCGAAACUCUUGAUCGACCUGCCUUCUCCCUUCCUCCUACCGUUGACCUCUCCUCUCCAACGUUGUGGUCCAGACAGCACACGCCACCUCCCGCUCGUGCGGACGUGCAUCCGCAAAAUAGUCGAAAAGCGCGUUCCUACGUAACCAAACCCGCUUCCGCCAUCGAAGUCGUACUAUUUCCCUCUUACUCGCUAAACCCCACAAAGUCUUUCACCCAGCCAUCCGCCCUCCAGGUGCUAUAACAGAUGCUGUCCGCUCAGUCCAGCGCCAAAGCGUCCUCCGCGACGACGACGACGACAACCCAUCCCCAACACCAACACCUCAAAAUCCAGACAGAAUCCAAACACGAUAUCGCAUACCUCCGUGCCCUGCUUGCCCAGCAUGCGCUAACCGCUGUUGACUCGCACUCAAACCCGCAACCGAAAUCGAAACCGCAGAGUGGAUCCAACGCUGGUGCCACGCCCGCGCCGAAUCGCCCCCAAAGGACAAGUCAUACUACGGCCGCACCGCUCACACCCGCCCAAAUAGCAACCCUCGAAACACAUAUAACCCACUGGCUCAACACAACAUUUGCCCUUGCAUCACACUCGAUUCUCAUCAAUGGGAUCUCCUACGCCGACGCGCACGCGCCGCUUGUGCCGGAGUACGAGGCUGUCGAUGAAAGGUUGAAAGCAAAGUGUGAGGCGGCGGAAGCGCGGGUGAGGGAUGUGACGGCACGGGUUGCGAGGUUGAGGAGGGAGGUGCCGGGGCGGGUUGGAAGGAUUGUGGAGGGGUUCUUUGCGGGUGGUGAUGGGUUUUCGGAGGAGGUGGUGGAGGGUGAUGAGGGUGUGCAAGACAAAAUGGAUGUGGACAUGGCGGAGGACGAAAUAGAAGCACACCCACUCCACCAAACCCAACUCCUGCCCCAUUUCAAGACUAUGCUGCCCCGCACUCUCACCAUGCACCCGCAGCUCGCUCGUGACUUACCGGCGCUCACCGCCAAAUUGGCCCGUGCGCAAACUGUGUUGAACGAUCUCGCUGCGGCUUCCAAUGCUAUCAACAACAGCAAUACGAGCGGCAGCAAUGGCAAUAGCAACUCCAAUACCCCGCAUUCAUCGCCGCCGCCUACCCGCCCUGCAUCUAGGGUUCCUGAUGACACGACGAAAACGAACACGCUGACGCCACGUACGGCGCGUACGGGAUUGUUGGAGGUGUUGAAGUGAAGGAAAUUACAAUGUCUGGUGAUGGGAUGAGGAUUGGGUGUAGAGAGGAGAGGUUGGCGGUUGGUUAUGGGAGAGAGCGAAGACGCGGAGAUGGAAGAGAUGUUGGUCCAUGAUUGGGCCAGUGGACGCUUCAGGGGCUUUUCUUUAAUACCCAGUUUUGUAAUGUGCGGGGGGCGUCGUGGGUAUGUCAUGUGUUCAAUAGAAAAGUAUCUGGCCGAAAUCGCCGCUUUGCGUUCCUUUUGAUUCAUUCCUUUUGCUCCC